AUGGGCGGCGCCGCCAUCAUGCCCCCCUGGCCCGAGAUCCUCUCCAAGUACAACAUCCUCCUCUCCCAGUCCCACAGCCUGUCCAUGACCCUCGCGGCCGCGCACCAGGCGAGCACCGUGGCGCAGGGCAACCCGUGGACGGAGUUCAUCCACCACCUGCGGACGCAGCCGACGGUGGACGUGCUGCGGGCGGAGAACGACGCGGUGCGGCACCUGGCGACACACAUGGACACCGGGGGCUCGCUGGGGGUGCUCGGGCACGCGGCGGGGGCGGGGCCGCGGGGUCGACUCGGAGGCCACCCGGAGUACUCGGACGUGCUACGGGAGUAUGAGGGGAUCCGGGACUGGAAGUCGCGGGUGGAGGUGGACCAGGAGGAGCCAGAGGACUGGGAGCCUGGGUUCGACGGCGACGGGGCUGAGAUGGGUGAGGACGCGCCGUGCGGGGGUCAGAGCAACGACAGCGAUGAGGAGGAAGAGCUGGAGGAGCCGCUGUCCUAUGCUCGCGCGGAGGUCAUCGAGGACGUCGAUCACAAGCACCUCGGCGGUUUUGAUGCGUUCACUCCCACAACCACUUGUGUCCUAUUCGACGCACUCCCUCGCCUACACGGGCUUCUCAAACUCAUCUUCGACUCCAAUAUCGGAAUCCCUGCAACCGAAAUCCUCCACUUUGACGCCUCCGGGUCCAUCGUCACCUACCCCUAUCUGCUCCUCGCGCACCCCAAAAGCGUGUCCAUUGCCCUUGCACUCGCCUCCGGCAAGCCCUCCACGCUAGCUCGUGAUCCUCGAACUUCUUCCGGGUCAGUACCUCAAGCGAAUGCACGACAAGAGCCAGAUGGACAGGUUCAGGCCCCCUCGCCGUCGGCGGACGGACUGUAUAGCUGGCAAGAGGCGUUCGCGCCGCUUGUCGAGGGCGCGUUCGACCACGCGGAGGCGGCGGGCACGCACGCGCACCUGUUGCGCGCGAUCGGCUUCUUCCUCGUCGGCGACUGCGAGGUCCCGUUGUUCAAGGUCGCCCUCACUCGCCAGUCCCUAUGUACCACGGGAUACGCGGUGCAAUUCGUUGCGCGCGUCACGAACGCCAGCAGGCGCGACCUUCCGCGAGAUUCUGGGGCGACAUACGAACUGCAGCAUUGCGACGGCGGCACGGCCUUCGAGCGCGUCUUGGGCACGGACACGGACGUGAAAUGCCGCGGUGUUUCCACAUCGGCGUACAUCAGUAACAAGCAGACGUACAAUUCAGUGUGGAGUGACCAAAGUACGUCCUUUAUAGGUCCCAAACCUCGCUGA